ACCAGAUUCAAUACGGAGCCCUUGCCAAGAUUUGCAAGCCCUCGACCCGAAGACGUAUCGGAAUCUCCGCUGGCGACGAUGGCAGGAGAGUAUGACGUGGUGAUUGUUGGUGCCGGUUGGUUUGGCCUGGCUGCUGCCAAGGCCUAUGUCCAGCUUCAUCCGGAUUCCAAGAUUACAGUCUUGGAAUCUGCCGAGUCCUGUGGUGGAACAUGGUCCCAGAAUCGCCUCUACCCAGGCCUCAAGUCAAACAACAUGAUUGGAACCUAUGAAUAUCCGGAUUUUCCCAUGACGGAGGAAAAGUAUGGUGUCAAAUCUAACAAUCAUAUUCCAGGAGCCGUCUUGCACCGCUACCUUACCGACUUUGCCAAGCAUUUCAAUUUCUUCAACGCCAUUCAAUUCAACACACGUGUUGAGUUGGUAGAGCCUAAUGGUUCAAAUGGCUGGCGUCUGUCUGUUACUACGCCCAGCGGUCCUCAAUCCAUCGAGACCGCCAAACUGAUCCUUGCCACUGGACUCACGUCAACACCGAACAUUCCCGUGUAUAAGAACUCGGAGAAUUUCGGGGCUCCAUUGUUCCACGCUAAAGACUUCUGCCGAGAGGCUCCAAACGUGGGGAAAAUCAAGAACGCUGUAGUCGUUGGCGGCGCCAAGUCUGCGUUUGACGUCGCCUAUGCCUUGGUCCUAGACGGGGCUGAAGUUGAUUUGGUUAUUCGACCCAAUGGCCAAGGGCCUGUUUGGAUAGCGCCGCCUUUUGUCACGCCGUUCAAGAAGCGAUUGGAUCAGCUUCUCAAUGUUCGUUGGAUGACGUGGUUCAGUCCAUGUCCCUGGGGCGACGCAGGUGGCUAUUCCCGUGUGCGCCGCUUUCUCCAUGGAUCUGCCAUAGGCCGAUUCCUCGUCGAUACGUUUUGGAAGGUUCUUGCUGGAGAUGUCGUAUCUGCCAAUGCAUAUGAUUCCCAUCCUGAGCUAAAGAAGCUCAAACCGUGGAACUCGGCUUUCUGGAUUGGCAGCGGACUGAGCAUUUUAAACUACGACACAAGUCUCUUCGACCUGGUCAAACAGGGAAAGAUCAAGGUUCAUAUCGACAACAUCGACCGAUUAGAACCCAAGAAGGUCAUUCUCUCAUCUGGAGAAGCUCUGGAUGCCGAACUCCUCGUUCUGUCCACCGGUUGGAAGAAAGAAUCGACAAUCAAAUUUUCUGGUCUCGGCCCAGAAGGGCUCGGCCUUCCAUACACAGACUCGGAGAAAGCAGUCCUCAACCAAGAAGCAGACAAAAAGGUCCUGUCUCUAUUUCCCCGCCUCAAAAACCAGCCGAAGCUCCGUUUUGAGCCCAAGGACAUGGAUCCCUUGCGGUACUACCGUUUCAUGGUUCCGGCCUCCAUGGUUGGCUCCCGCAGCUUGGCAUUUGCAGGCAUGGUUUCCUCGGUUAGUACUUCGGUGGUUGCAACCAUCCAAGGGCAGUGGAUUUCUGCGUAUCUUGACGGAAAGCUGGAUCGUCUUCCAACUUCUAUGGGGGAGAUCACGGACGAAAUCAUGCUACAUACCCAGUGGGGCAAAUGGCGUUUUCCAUGUGGCUAUGGUGCCAGUCUCCCAGACUUUGUUUUCGAAGGUCUGGCAUAUUCCAAUUUAUUGAUGAGGGAUCUUGGGCUAGGCAUCAACCGUAAAGCAAGUUGGUUAUCUGAGUUAACCUCGCCGUAUUUGCCGAGAGACUUUGUUGGACUUGUUGAGGAGUGGAAAGACAUUCAUAAAAGUGAAUCAGCAGUCGAGCAGGAGGACGGUUUGAAGGAAUUAUAG